AUGGGCGGCUCCUUAUUCUUGCACGGCGUUCAAGAGCACGCCAGUCCCUUUGUUCCCUCCGAGGUUACAGUCGCCAAAGCGUUCACUGCCGCGCUCUUCUUUUUGUCUCUCCAGGAGCAAGCCCAAAGCCAGUACAAUGAGACCAUCGAUCCAACAGCAUGGCCCCAUUCAACAACUGAUACGAGAAGACGUGAUUUAGCGCUACAGAAUCACGUCACGCCUUGCUUCGACGCAAGAUUUAAUGCCGCCAGGAAGCCCCGGGGAGAAAACAGCAUCCAUAGAAACAGACAGAGGGGACGGACUUGCCAAACUUUCGGCCGAGAUACGGAUCGAAGUCUCCGCAGCUCGCCAUGGAAGACUAUUCCCCAGAUUAAGCGUCACGACUCGUCGAUCCAAAACCUAGCCAUGGUGACGAAGGACCGAGUGCUGAUUCAGGUAUACUCUCCGUCGAGUCUCCGAGUUCAGCUAGACCAAUACCAAGCCAUGCUCCGUCUCGCCCACCGCCUUGUCAGUGACCACCGCCUUGUCAGUGACCAGCCCGCUGCCUGUCCUUUUGCACAAAAGGCUCAGUUGGUGGUUCACCACGACCUCCCCAAAAAGACUGGCCCAGAUAAAGAUACUCACUGUGAACCAACGCGUCCACACGCCUCUACACAGGACAGAGGGCAGAAGAAUAUCAUUUCGGACCUGCGAAUUCCAAAGGGAAAAAAAGAGUUGAGCAGCCAGUCCAACCCUCCAUCCAUGCAGUCAAGACUCUCUGCACCUGAUAAAAAUAGCGGCACAAAGAGUCACCAGGAGUCAACGUCAGUAGAGUUAGGCUUCAGCGUGCAGGGGCGGCGACAAGUAAGGAUCGGCCCUGAACUCCAUCAUAAUGGGGCAUCUUUCCAAGGCGUUAGUUGCGCCGAACUUCAGAUGGCCCAACUUUGGGCGACUAACGAUGCAAAAUAUCAAAACACGUCUCGUGGAAGUCUCCAGGAGGCAAAAGUGGACACUGUGGGAAUUGAACCCACGACCUUUCACAAAGGCGCGUUCCUGACGGAACCGCUCUCCCGACAGUGGACCGGAGCGAGCUCCCUGACGGGGCCGGACAACAAGGCAAGGAAAGAAGAGGAUCGCGCGGGGCCACGAUGCGGCAUCGAUGACGGAAUCCCUGGCCGGAAACCGCAGCACGCUGCGAUCUGGUAUUCCGUCACGAUUGUCGAAUCGUGUCGAGAAGACUUGUCGACACUCCACGACGGGGCUCACGAUGUUUCCUUCGUCUGCACAGCGAAACGCCGAGAAAUGGUGCCCAGCCAGGCUGGGUAA